AUGGCUGCCACCACAACCAGAGUGGAUGAACCAAAUGCAGAAUCAGUGUGUCAAUUCAGGCCACUGAAUCCAGUUGAAGUCUUAAGAGUAGACCUGUUCAUCCAGAAAUUUAAAGGCAAUGACACCUUCAAUCUUUUCUGGCAAGGAAAACCUUUUAUGUUUGACAAGGUGUUUUCUCUGAACAUGGCCCAGGAUCAUGUUUAUAAUGCGUGUGCCAAACAUAUUUUUAAAGAUGCCCUUGAUGGUUGCAAUGGAACUAUAUUUGCUUAUGGUCAAACAGCUUUUGGCAAAACACACAGUAUGGAGGGAAAGCUUCAUAAUCAUUGGCAAAUGGGCAUUAUUCCAAGAAUAGCAUGUGACAUCUUUGAUCGCAGCUAUUCUAUGGGAGAAUUCCAUAUUAAGGUUUCCUACUUUGAGAUCUACAAGGACAAAGUUGGGAUUUGCUCAGUGUUUCAGAAAGCAAUCCACAAGGAUAAAAAUAGAGUAUCAUUUGUUAAGGGUUUUACGGAGAAGUUUAUCUCUAACCCUGAGGAGGUAUUGGAUGAUGUUGAUGAAGGAAAGGCAAACUGUCAUGUAGCUGUCGCCAAUGUGAAUGAAUACAGUUCUCGAAGCCGCAGCAUCUUUCUCAUUUGUACUCAUUACAUUUAA